CCAGCGGCGGACCGGGUUGCUCUGCGACCUCACGCUGACGUCACACGGCGCACGCUACCCCACGCACCGCUCCGUCAUGGCCGCGGUCAGCCUGUACUUCCGGCGUCUGUUCGGGGCGGAGGAGGGCGAGGAUGGAGACGAGGGCGUGGGCGACAGCUGCAGCGUCUGUCAGCUGGACUGUGUGUCUCCUGACGCUCUGGCCGCGCUGCUGGAGUUCGCCUACACCGCCACGCUGACCAUCCGCAGCUCGGGCAUGCGCGAGGUCCUGAAGGGCGCGCAGCUGCUGGGGAUCCAGUGCGUGGCCGACGCAUGCCGAGACAUCCUGGGCGAGACGGAGAUGGGCGAGGAUCCGGCGGAGGAGGCUGAGAGGCCGGCGUCCCGACGCAAGCAGGACCGCUGCUCCGUGGCCCGAGCCGUGUCUCCCGUGAGGCCGGUGUGGAGGAGUCCCACGGCGCCGGAUACGCCCGAAUGUGGGCUGCUUCCCGCACAAGGACCCCCGGGGCUGCUGGUGAACGGAGGCUCGCACUGGCCGCAGGAGUUCACGCACAGACCCGAAGACACGCCCUCGGAGGAGGAGGAGUCUGGAGCGCAGGGGCGGGCCACGCCCCAACUCGGCCAAUCACAGGGCGACGGAGCAGGGGGCGGAGCAACGGCCGGAAGUGGCAGAAAGAGGAAGUCUCAGACGCCUCAGCAGUGUCCCGUCUGUCAGAAGAUCAUCCACGGGGCGGGAAAGCUGCCGCGGCACAUGAGGACACACACGGGAGAGAAACCGUUCCAGUGCUCGGCCUGCGGCGUCCGCUUCACACGGAACGACAAGCUGAAGAUCCACAUGCGGAAGCACACGGGCGAGCGGCCGUAUCCGUGUCCCAGCUGCCCCGCGCGGUUCCUGCACUCCUACGACCUGAAGAACCAUCUCUCGCUGCACAGCGGGGACCGGCCCUUCGAGUGUCCGCUGUGCCACAAGGCUUUCGCCCGCGAGGACCAUCUGCAGCGCCACAGGAAGGGCCACAGCUGCCUGGAGCUCCGCAUGCGCCGCCCGCGCCGCCCCACCGGCCCCCAACACACCGGGUCCUUCGUCCAGAUCCUGGAGGGCCACGGCAUCCCUGUCCCCCUGCUGCCGGGGGCCCGCAUGCCCUAUCCGGAGCUGCUGUGGCGGGCGGUUGCCGCGCCGGCGGGAAAAGCCCUGGAGAAAGCCGAAGGAGGCGCGUCUCCGCAUGGAAGCGCAUCGGUCGCGCAUCGAACCUGGGAGGAGGAAGAGGAGGAGGAGGACGCUGCUGGGGAGGAGGAAGAGUGACCACGCCUACCUGUGUGUGUCGUCCUUCUCGGAGCGACUCCUGGAUGGGAAAGGCCUCAGGUAGAUGACCUCUGGUCAGAUCGCUCAGGUGCUGUAGAGAACUGAGACUCAGACGUCCUCUGCUUGCAAGUUUUGCACAUGAAUUUCUGAGUUAAAUUGCAAUCCAGCACGGAACAGACCGAAUGAAACGAGGAGGAGUCUUGCCUUUUUUUUUGAAGCAAAUGCAUAUCUGAGAUAUUU